GGUGUAGAAAUCGUAUACUAUUGUCAAAAUUGUUUAUAUCAUUUGUUUUCAAAUACUUAUUCAAUUUUUUUCUGCGCGAAUUAUUUUAUUCUUAAUUCAGUUGAAAAUUAAUCUGAUCGAGUUUAAGACCACGCGAUACAUUACUCUGGAGCGAUGAACAAUUAUUGUUCUAUACCUAACUGCCCUAAUAAAAACGUUACUUUUGUCAGAAAUUUCUAUCAUAUUCCUCAGUCGAAUGCAAAGAACUCAGCUCUAUUAAAAGAGAGAUCACACCAUUGGAAAAAACUUUGCCGUGUAACUAAAAAUGAUACGAGCUAUAGAGUUUGUAGCGAUCACUUUUUUUUCAAGCAUCCGGCCGAAACACAUGAUAAGAAACAUCCAGAUUGGCUGCCUUGGUUGAAACUUGAUCCAAGAUUACCUGACAAUCCACUCAAAGUGCGGCGAAGAAUGCAGGAGUAUUACCAGCAAAGAAAAUGUUCUCAAGAGACCCUUUGUGUUAUUAAAGGUUGCAUCAAUAGUGGAUCCAUUAUUUCCAACAAUAUGCAAUCGUUUGAAUUCCCUAAGCUGGACAUGACCAGUUAUAUAAAUCGUGUUUUGUCCGAAAAGCGUCUGCUUUUGUGGUUGCAAGUCGUUGAUCAACCUGACAGUUGGAAACAGUUUGACUUCAGUAAACUAAAAAUAUGUCCCCGGCAUUUUGUGUCAGGAAAGAUGGCUGAUUUAACAGAUGUAGAAAAUGUUGAUUGGAUUCCUACAAUUGCAUUAGAAAAAAAGUUGAACUUCACUGAUCAUGUUGCUCAUUUCGAUUUGUACAACAUUAUCUCGUUGAUCAAAGACAGCUGUUCAAUUAAAGGAAUUACUGAGAAAAAUGUUAACCUCAGUUUUCCAACAGCCAAUACAGUUCCAAUAACAAUGGCACCGGCUACAAAUCAACCGCACCAAAUUAAUCAAAAAAAUCCAACGGCGGUUCCACUGGACCGUGUAGAUGUGGGACUUAAAUGCAUACUUUGCUUAGAGUCAACAUCUCUUAAACCUAUAGAUUCAAGAAGUGGCACAGCCAUCAAUGCUUUAUUUAACACGAUUCUGAACGUAAACAGUGAGGUGAUUUGUAGUAAAUGCAGUAAAUCAAUCGAAGAAUUUUACUGCUUUUAUGAGUUGAUAUUGCGCAUUCAACAGAACUUCCCAACUGAAAAAAACAAUGCUAUCCUUGCUGCUGCUUCCGAUAAUCGAACACCUAAAGUGGAAGGUUCUAUUUCCAUAACUUCGAAAGUAAAGAACAGAAAACUGUUCAAAGUAUUAUCUGCCGACUAUUUCCAAUGUAUAAUUUGUGAAUUGGUCAUGUUUAGAAAAAAUAGGAUUAUUCAGCAUCUUCAGGAAGCACACAAAGUAAAAUUAAACUACAAAGAAUACAAGCAAAGAUUUUCACCUAUUAAAUCAGUUGACCACAAAAACAUAUGUUCGGUAGCAUCUAAUAUCAAACGUGAUACUGAAAAAGCACUCACUAAAGAUUCUUCAAACAAGAACCAGGAACCUAUGAUCGCUGAAGCAAUUCAUACCAACAAGGAUGAUGAUCUGAAGGAACAGAAAAGACAUUCCUGUUAUAUCUGCAAGAAUUUUUAUUCACCGGACGAGAUGAUAGAGCACAUAAAAACUCAUGAAACCGAACGCGACAAAAAUCGAGAAUUGAUUGAACUAGGUGAAAAAUAUGAAGCGUGCAAACAAUGUCAAAAGGCUAUUCUUAAGGAUGACAUGGAGCAACAUCUUGAAGAGCAUGAAGCAAAGCGAGCACGAAGAAGAGAAUUCAUAAAGAAGCAACAAGAGAAAAAUAAGUAUACCUGCUUCAAGUGCAAUAAAGACUUUCAAUCGUUGUAUGCACUGGAUAAACAUACGAAAUCGCAUAAAAUUGUCGGAUCGGAUGAUAAAAUAAUAUGUCCAGAUUGUAAUCACAUUGUGAAGGCAAACUAUUUCAAAUAUCACUGUCAGCUUAUACACGAUGAUGUGUUGCUUGCCUGUGACAAAUGUGGCAAACAGAUGAGCCGAAUGGCCCUCAAAAAGCACCAACUGACUUGUGACGAUACUACGGUCCCUUGCGACAUUUGUGGCAAAACUAUAAAGAUGUAUAUGGUGAAAAGUCAUAUUGCUAAAGUACAUUCAAACAAACCCUUUAAAUGCAGGUUCUGUCCGAAGGUUUACGACAGUAAAGAUUACGCUGGUUCGCAUGAACGAUGGUCGCAUCGGGAGGAGUGGGACCAGAGACGCCGUGUAGGUAUAAAGGAACUUAAUCUAGAUCGCAGUCAACUGGAAGAAGCUCUAGGGCUAAGAAAAAACUCAGACAAUUCAGAAGAGGCAGAAUCAUCAUGUCCCGUUUGUCUGAAUGUGCAUGGCAAUGAAACUGUGGUCGAAACUCAUAUGCGUAAAGCCCAUCCGAAGGAACACUUGGCUAUGAUAAUGAACGGUGUCCCAAUUAUUUCCAGUAAUGAGGAUGCACGAUUGCCAAAGGACAAAAUCGGUGAUGAAAAGUGGUAAAACUGAUAAUAAUGCAUCAGCAUGGUUCCCUUUGGUUUGUUCGAGAGUUUUGGACUGAUCCGAUAAUAUUGAUGUCCAAAUAAUACAUCAAACCUUUCAACAGGAUAGCUACCAUAAGUAAAGAAAGAGGGGAGGGGUGAAUAUAAUCUCAGGUAUCUAAGCGCUAUACUCAAUCCUGUUCGAUAUUGGCUUUGUAUUAGUACACAACUAAACCGAUAGAAUACCAAGCUCACUAAUAAGUUCCCACAUCAUGUUUCUGCUAUUUCUCUUAUUGUUACUUGUUAGAAAAUUUUAUUUAAUAUUAAACAUUCUUCUGUUUAUUCUUGUGUCCAUUAACUUUUACAUAAACACUGAAUUCGUUUAAUGAUUGUAUCAAUAGUCGUCUCAUUAGUCGAAUCACCACAUCAUUUUGCUUAGUACUCGAUCUACAAUUAACGAAUGGUUGAGUUCGAUCCUUUGAAACAAUAUCAUAAAAAAUUAUAUGAAAAAAUGAGCAAUUUUCAGUUCCAGCGGAGUGAACAUGAGGAGUGAUUAUACCAGUAUUCUUCUUAUCGUUCAAGCCAAUGAAUAAAACGCUUCCCUUCAUAUAUGAUAUUCACCAUUUAUAUUUGGUAAUUGGUCAAGUAAUCCAAUUUUCUGAAAAUGGAAUGAUUUGGUUUAGGCAACUUACAAAUGUAAUGAAUAGCACCCUAAGCAGUCCGUUUUUAAGUAAUCCAUCCUUGUACCCGAAGCGACUGAACGAACUGUAGUGUGCUCUUUAUUUGACCUCAUUAUUUCAACAGCAGAAUCCUUUCAUUGAUAUCGUUCUAUAAUUUGAUUCGUUCAACUCAAGCCCACGAUGGUCAACAUUAUUCAUCUAACUGAUUACAUUGCACACAAUGAAUCUACUGGUAAACGAUAUCACAACUUUUUAUCCUGCUUACGAUAUAGCAAGAACAGUCAUAUGCAAACAAUGAUUGUGAUACUUUAUUAAACACGUGUUUCAAAAUGACGAAUCGCAUGGAUCAAACAAUCUCCACCCAAAACUGCUCGUUGCGCGCAACUUCCCAACGAUCUAGUAUUCUUUUCUUCAAGAGCGAAAUACUGAGCAUCAAUCAAUCUAGGAAUCAUAGAUAGUUUUCCUAAUUUUUUUGAUUUACGAACCCGGUGGUGGUAAAAACUGAUCAAACAAAAAAAGAAUAAUGUAAAUCCGUCCAUUCGUUCUUACGUGAUGCGAUUACAAAGAAUGAUCUCUGCAUUCUAACGCCAUAACUUCUGAACUACUGAACGGAUUGCAACCAAACUUGGCACAGGUAUUUCUUACAUUUCAAAGAUGGUCCUUGGAUAUUUGUAUAGGGGAGGGAGUUUGGCAAAAGUCAAUAACAGGGCGGGAAUAGAAACAUUUUACAUAUAUUACAUAUGAUUAUAUGGGGAAUAGAUGUAGCAAGUGCCUUUAAAAAGGGGGGUAUACUCUUUGUAAUGACAUAACUCCGAAACUACUUAACGGAUUGAUAUCAAACUUGGCCAAUGUACUCCUUGCUCUUCAGAGAUGGUUAUAAGGAAAAUUUUACGGGAGAGGGAGCGUAGCAAGUGUCCUUAACAAAGCGGGUCAUUGAAAAAUUAUCUAAUUUGACGAGAAUCGGUACUUUUUGUAGACCAUAGAUACUUUUUGCACAACUUAGAUAUGAUUAUAAGGAUAUUCGUGGGGAGAGGAUGUAGUAAGUGCCUCUAAAAAAGAGAGUGUAAUGUUUGUAAAGGCAUAACUCCGGAACUAAUACACGAAUUGCUAUAAAACUUGGCACAGGUAUUUCUUGCUCUUCAGAAAUAGUCAUAAAGGUGGUCGUCAAAUGGAUAACUAAGUCCUCACAAGAUCUUAUCUCAUGCCUCCCCGUGUGUCUAUGAUGACAUUUGGUUAAUAGAACGGCGGCGACUGGGUGCUAUCGCCUUCUGCGUUAGUAGCAGAAUGAGAGGGUACGAAAUGGCUUAAAGUUAAAGCUCAUCAU